AUGCUCGUCAUCCAGAGACGCCCCACCAUCACCCUCAUCAAGCACCAGGCCAGUGUUAUAACUCACCUCCACCUUCUCGACCCUCCUCUCCACCCCAGGACUCCACCAAGCCUACAGCCACUGACAGUACUUCUUCCUCUGUAUCUGAGCUCCUCCCCAGCAUCCUCGACCUCAUUUGGCAUGGCUACCACCUCUACCGGAAAGGAGUGUCUUUCCCGGACAUCAUCACCACCUCUGGCCCUCUGUCUCCACAAUCCUGACUACUCUCUUCCUGUAAUGGCCCUCUCCUUUAUGUUGUGGAACGCCCGAUCCCUUCUCCGCAAAACGCAGGAACUCCUAACCUAUUUAGGUGACACCCUCCCGUCUGUGGUCGGCAUAUGUGAGACCUGGCUUCCCCCUCAUCUUUCCCUCUCCUUUCCGGGCUACAACAUCAUCCGCAAAGAUCGUGGUCAAGGACGUGGAGGAGGAGUCCUUCUCGCCAUCCAUGACUCCCUCGUCUCAUCGCCUCUCCCUAUCCCUCAGUCUCAAGAUGGGCGUCUGCAUGUUGUUGCUGCCAAGGUUGGACUUGGUGGUGGCUGGCUCACGGUGGCAGUCUGCUACAAUCCUGGGGGUGCAGCUGGCUACCGAGAGUUUAUGCGCUACUUCUCCACCCUGCAGCCUCCAGUGCUUAUAAUGGGGGACUUUAACGCCCAUCAUACAUGUUGGGAGCCUGACUUGCCACCUCACCAUCACAACACCUCUGGCAACACUCUCUUCCAAGCCUUGCUAGAUCUAACACAUGUCUCCCUCCUCAGCCCUCCCGGACUAGCGACCAGGUUUCAUCCCCAUACUGGUGCCGCCUCGGUGCUCGACCUGUUCCUUGGAGACCCUACCUUCAAGGACUCCACCUUCCGCACUGGACCUUACAUGGGCAGCGACCACCUCCCUCCCACAACCGCAACAACCAUUGCUGGGGUGCUGUCCGAGGCUGGCACAGCUGCCUUCCCACUCAUCACCCGUCGUCGUCCACGCCGCCCUGGGAAGCCCUGGUGGGAUGCAGCCUGUGCGCAGGCAGUACAGGACCGUCGCCAGGCUUGGAAUCAGUGGCGUAGGACCCCCACUAUCCAGGCUGGCCGUGCUUACCGCCGCCUGGACGCCAUCUGUGCCAAGACCAUCCUCAAGGCAAAGCGAAAUGCAUGGGACCUGCACUGCUCCACUCUCUCCUUCCGCUCCUCUCCCAAGAGUACCAUGUCCUUUCUCCGCUCCAUGGAGGGCAAGUUGGUAUCUCAGAACAUCCCAUUUUCUGAUGAUGAUUCUACCCCACUGGCUGACCCUGAAAAGCAAAAAUCUUCUCUCCCAUCCCUUGCUCAACCAUUCAAGCCUCAUGAACUCUCCUCAGCCUUAGCUACAUUAAAACCCGGUAAGGCGCCAGGCCUUGAUAAAGUCCCAUACGACUUCAUCCGCCACCUCACCCCACCCCUACGUGCCUGCCUCCUUCAACUAUACAACAGCAGCUGGCAAUCGGGGCAGUUUCCAUCCACCUGGAAACCCGCCAUCCUCAUCCCCAUCCACAAGCCUGGAAAGGACCCUACACUCCCUUCAGCAUACAGGCCCAUCAGCCUCCUCUCCUGCAUCGGGAAGCUGCUGGAGAGGUUAGUCAACACCCGCCUCACCUGGUGGUUAGAAGCUAACAACAAGCUAGCAGAGGAGCAAUGUGGCUUCCGCCCUCACCGGAGUACCCUGGAUGUGCUGGGGCAAAUUGAGUAUCACAUCUGUGACACUUACCGCCAGCGUCAAGUCAUGACGGCCCUCUUCCUUGACCUGGAGGGAGCAUUUGAUUCGGCACCACAUGAGGGCAUCCUGUACAAGCUGGCACUCAUGGGCAUCACUGGCACCACCCUUGCCUGGGUGCACGACUUCCUCACCGGUCGCUCAUUCCAAGUGGCUGUUGGUGCAUCACUGUCACCUUCCCAAGGAAUUCAUCGUGGCGUACCUCAGGGAUCCAUUCUUAGCCCCCUUCUGUUCAAUGUUCUUCUCUCUGACCUACAGGUUCCUACCCACUCUCACCUUCUCCUCUAUGCUGAUGACAUUACCAUCGUCAGUCGAGCACCCACACUCUCCGAGGCUCAGGACCGCCUGCAGGAGGCUGCAACCGCCGUGGCUUCCAACUCCACCUACCGUCCAUACUCAACCUCACACACCCUCCUCGGACUGCGGCUGGAUGGCCCUCGUCUCUCCUGGGUAAAUCACAUCAGUUACGAGUAUCUCCGCACCUCCUACAGCAAACGCCUGGAUGUGAUGAAGCGAAUAGCUGGCAUCCGCUGGGGAGCCAGUCGUGACCUGCUCCUCCACUACUAUAAGAUCACCAUCAGGGCCAAAAUGCAGUAUUCCAGCUGCUUCUAUGGGUCAGCUGCCUACUCCAACCUCCUCAAGCUUGACCCCAUUCAGAACGCUGCCUUGAGGAUCUCUAUGGGGGCCAUGAGAUCCUCCCCAGUUGUUUCUCUACAAGCAGAGAGUGGUAUUCCUCCACUGUCCACCCACAGACGGAUGACCUUGUGCCAACAAUACUACAGGAUACUGGGCCUGCCUGCCUCCCACCCCCUCUCUACCCUCCACUCCAACUCAGGGGUCGAUCAGCAAGCUCCUGUAUGGCUCCCCGCUGCCCGUCAGCCACUAAUAGUGCGUGCCCUGCUCAGCCUAACCAUCCUCCACUUACCACCACCACCUCCACAGCCUGUCAAUCCCUACUCACCUUUUCCUUCAUGGCUGGACGUCACCCAUAAUUUUGGGCUUCCUCCCAAACCAUCUGUGAGUGGAUUAGCAGCAGCCAACUUCCAACAGCUGGACCGGUCCAUUUAUCACCACCACCUUAAGAUCUACACGGACGGCUCCAGAGAUGCUUCCCUGCCCUCCUCGGCAGCAGCUAUAUAUGACGCCAAUACAGCUAUCUGUAAGACAUGGAGGCUUCCUGAGUACACAGAUGUCCUUACCACGGAGCUCUUUGCCCUUCUCCAGGCCCUCAUCUACCUCCGCACCUCUCACCCGAAGUCCAUGGUGGUAAUUUACACCGACUCCCGCUCAUCUCUCUCUCUCCUCCUGUCCCGGCAGCCAUCCUCCGCCACAACCCUCGUCCACUCCAUCCAGAACAUCUUCCUCCAUCUCCUGAACACUGGGUGGGAUAUCACCUUCCAGUGGCUUCAUUCUGCCAAACGGCUCUUAUCUCGCCUCUGCCACUCAUCCUGGGACUCUUCACUCAACAACGCACUCCGAGUCACCUCUAUGGGCCUUUACCAUAGCGACUCAUCUCCACAGCCUUGGGUCAGGAAACAGUCCCGCAUCCUAGAUGUAGCACUCACCCGCCUCCGUCUGGGCCACAUAGAUAGAUAG